CAGCGGGAUUUGAGAACGCCCUUCCCGUCCCUGCCCCUUCUAAGGGCGUCGCUUGGAAACUUGGCGGGGUGUUGGGGUGGACCCCUAGAUCCCAGCCGUCUGGGAAGCUGAGGCAGGAGGAGCGAAAGUUGGAGCCCAGUGUGGGCACUGCAGCGCCUCAGUGCGACCCUGCUUCGCAGUGCGCGGGGCGGAGAGAGCCCAGCGGCGAGGCCCAGAGCCUGCUCGGCUUUUUCUUCAUGCAGUUUGUGGGUGCGUUUUAGUAUCGUCGUUGGGCUCUUGUACCUGUACAUGACUUAGGUGAAGAAGGAAACACAGCAGAAGCAGACACCUGCCUGACCAGGUGACGGCUCUGUGCACUUUCCACAGACAGGGACAUGGCUGACCCGACGGAACAGUACAGGAUGGACCACGGGAGGAGAGGGCUGGCCGUCAUCUUCAACCAGGAGCACUUCUUCUGGCAGCUGAUGCUGCCGGAGAGGAGGGGCACGAACGCCGACAGGGACAAUCUGGCUCGCAGGUUUUCGGAGCUGGGAUUUGAAGUGAGAUGCUUUAACAACCUGAAAGCAGCGGAGCUCCUGGACAGAAUUCACGAGGUGUCCAAGUCGAGCCACAUGGAUGCCGACUGCUUUGUGUGCGCCAUCCUGACCCACGGUGAAGACAACCAUGUCUACGCGUACGAUGGCAAGAUCGAGAUCCAGUCCUUGACUGCCCUGUUCAGAGGGGACGAAUGCCAGAGCCUGGUGGGCAAACCCAAGAUAUUUAUUAUCCAGGCGUGUCGGGGACAACAGCACGACCUGCCCGUCGUCCCUCUGGACACCGUGGAUUCUCAGGUCCCGGACACCCAGGACAACGUCACCGAGGUGGAUGCAGCUGCAGUGCACACGCUUCCGGCAGGGGCUGACUUCCUCAUGUGCUACUCGGUGGCACAAGGAUAUUAUUCUCACCGAGAGACCGUAUAUGGCUCGUGGUACAUCCAAGAUUUGUGCGAGAUGUUGAAGAGAUACGGGUCCACGCUGGAGUUCACAGAGCUGCUCACGCUGGUGAACAGGAAGGUUUCCCAGCGCCGUGUGGGGGUCUGCAAAGACCCUGGUGCCAUUGGCAAGAAGCAGAUCCCGUGCUUUGCCUCCAUGCUCACGAAAAAGCUGCACUUCUCACGGAAGCCAGCAAUUACAGGUGGCAUCAUCAACAUGUAGCCUGUGCCUUUCCCUGUUUACCUCCCCAGUAGAGAAAUGUUUUGGAAUAUGUUCAUGUUUAAACGGCCUGAAAAACACUCAGGAAAUUACAUUAAAAACCUACAAGCAUUCAGGGAUGCUUAAAUUACAAGGUGCCCCAAAAUACCUAGCUGAUUCAGCUCAUACUCUGUGCCUUUUUAA